AUGACUAGCCACACGCAUAUUACCUCGUCAGAGGGCCAUCUCAGGCCACGCCUGUCCAAGAUCACAAUGGUAGCCAUGACAUUUGCUAUUCUCAAUACUUGGAUUUGUCUAGCAGGUAGUUUAUCCAUUGUUCUUCCAUCUGGUGGAUCUGUUGCAUUCUUAUAUGGGUUCAUCUUCUGCGUGCUAUGUAACUUUUGCUUGGCUGCUAGCCUUGGUGAGCUCGCCGCCAUCUGGCCCACAGCUGGUGGACAGUACCACUUCCAAUGGGCCUUGACCUCGGAGAAGUGGAGGAAAGUUAUGAGCUUCGCGGUCGGGUACAUCAACAUCUUCGGCUGGCUGACACUCGUUACGACCGAAGGAUUCUUCGCCGAAGCACAAUUUAUAUCGGCUGCCUGUGUAGUCGCGUCCAACGGAACCUACUCUGUGGCGGCAUGGAAAACAUACCUGAUCUUCAUGGUCGUUUUGACCUUUGGUACUCUGUCCAUGAUCUUCGGAAAUCGUAUCUUGGGCGCUUGGAACAACCUGGCCUUGUACUGGUCCAUCCUCAGUGUGUUCAUUGCCAGCGUCGUCCUACUUUCCACCUCCGAUAAAACAGACCCCGAAUUUGUUUUCGCGACUUUCCAAAACGAAACAGGGUGGAAUGAUGGAAUCGCGUGGAUUCUUGGACUACUCCAGUCGGCUCUAUCGCUCAUAGGAUACGACGCCGUUUUGCAUAUGACAGAGGAGAUGCCCACACCAUCUCGUGACGCGCCUCUGGCAAUGGUGUACGCUGUUGGCGUCGGAGGGACCACGGGAACAAUCUUCAUACUCGUCAUGCUCUUCUGCCUGACAGACCUCCCAAGCAUAGUCGCCACGGACACCGGAUUGCCCAUCGUCGAACUUAUAUUCCAAUCAACAGGCAACAGGGCCGGAACCACAUUCCUGACUCUGAUGCUGGCCAUAUGUUUUAUUCAUGGAACAAACGGCUCCAUUACUAGCGCAAGUCGACUCUUGUUCGCCUUGGCCCGCGACAAAGGCGUACCGUAUCAUUCCUACUUUAGCCACAUCCAUCCGAGGUGGGAAGUGCCUGUUCGAACGAUUGUUCUGACAUGGGUGUUCAAUGCUAUCUUCGGACUAUUGUAUCUUGGACCGACCGUCGCUUUUAACGCCUUCGUCUCUUCUUGCACGAUUCUUCUCAACCUGUCAUAUGCUAUCCCAGUGCUGACACUCAUUGUGAGAGGAAGGGAUAUCUUGAAGCAGUUCCAGGAUUGCCAAGUGAACGACACACCGUGGAGGUUUGGCAAGGUGCAAGGUCUUAUCAUAAACUACAUUGCUGUGCUCUACGCUUUCAUCACGUCAAUAUUCUUCUACUUCCCACCAGUGCUUCCAGUCACUGCCAGCUUGAUGAAUUACGUAUCAGGUGUUAUCGGCAUCUUUGCUAUCUUUUUGGUUGGCUAUUGGGUGUUGUAUGGAAAGAAUACAUUCCAGGGCCCGGAGCUCGAUAUUAUCCUCGGAGAAAGAUUUGAUCUCUCUGAAGUGACCGACGAACUCGCCAUGGAAGAAAAGAAUAUUGCAAGCCAGAAAGAAGAUGUCGAUGGCAAGGGCAGUGCUUGA